UACCAUAUGAAAAAACUAAUAUGUAUAUAAUGUGCUAAAUGUGGUGUUGUCUUGCACAAAUCUUUCUUUCGCUGUGUUGAAAGUCUUUGCACUGACUGCACUUUGAUAGUAAUAAUACAUUAUAACAUAGUAAAAAUAUGCUUGUUGUUUCAAAAAGAAUGAAAAAAAGUCAUAUGGCAACAAACAACGUCUGUUUUGUCAUCCCUACCGUAAAAUGCUGGAUCCUGGAAACAUGCAAGUUAAAAUUGUGAAACUUUGUAUUUAGUGUGAUAUUUCACACAACUUGGCUUGAAGCCUUUUUUUGCUGGCCAAAAAUUGUGGUUGCAUUAUGGCAACAAAAGUUUGUGACAAGAUUACACUUAUAAAAUAUGAAAAUCUAUGGCAACCAAUAUCAUGAAAAUACCUCACUUAGUAAAAGAGUAUUCGUUUAUGGAACUUAAGUAUGCGAAGAGAGAGUAUAGGGAGCUUAUUUGAUGUUCUUUUCAUUGUAUAAAUGUGGUUGCAAUGGUUAUGAAAAUAAGCAAAAUAUACCAAACACUUCAUUAUUAUACUUCAGAACUUACUAUGUCUCCUGUGAAAAUGAAUUGUAGACUAGUUACUGAUUAAUUCAAGCUUGCAUUAAGAUUAUUUUUCAUGACAUUCGAAUCAUUUUCAAAUGGCAUUAAAAUCAGUAGGGGACUGCUGCAGGCGUUGACACUACCUUUAUUUUCUAAGGAUCCUGAAGGAACCCCACAAGUUAAUAUUAAGUGCCCUUCCUGAAGUCAUGAGUCCCUUUGAGAAUGUGAUAGUAUGUGUUUUUAUAGCCUUCUUUGUCUGUUUUACAGAGAAUUCCACAUGGCAUGCCAUAAGGGUACUGGGUCAGCAGUUUCCAAGAGUGCAAUUAAUCCUACUGUAGAUAAAGACGCCACUGCUGAAGUGACACUUAGGCCACAGCCUUUGCCCCCAGUUGGACAGCAAGGACAUGGAAGAGGCCUGUCAGCUAAUUUAGGUGAUCAAUAUGAUAACAUGCCUCUGGUUAGUCAGAAGAAUGUUCUCCCACCUCUAGGAACUGUUGGUGAAGAUGGAGAGGUGAAGAAAAGUAAGAAGAAGAAAAGUAAGAAGAAUCCUGAAGAGGACGAUAUUGUUUAGAAAGACUAGAACAGUUAGUUUGGGAUUGUUGUUUUUUUAUCUAAGUCUGCAUUCUGUGAUAUUAUUCCAUAUCAAUUGUAACUGUUUUGACUAAGAAAAGGAAACAAUGUCUUAUUAAAAUUGAAAAUGUCAUUGUUUCAUGCCAUUUAACAAUUGACAAAAGAAUACAGCAAGACUCAUGAUUCGCUUAUUGAGAAAAAUACAUAAUUACUGUAAUAUUACUUUAUACAUAGUCUUAGUAGGCGAAUUAUUUGCCAUUUGCAAUUAUGAUAAACAUGCCUGUUGAUCUACAUUUUGCUCAUUUAAGGUACAUUCUUUUAAUGGUUUUCAACUGGGCAAAAUAUGAAUUGCCAUUUAAUAUUAUACUUAAUGAAUUUUUUGUUGUAAUCUGAGAUAAAAGCAUAAUGAGGAUUUUUAAUUGAUAUGUCUCUUUGGCACAGCUAUAACUGCAAUUUAAAUUAUGUUUAAGUUACUACCAAAGAUACUACUAUAGAUUUCAUUGAGGGAGCAUUUUGUGAAUUGAAUGAUAAUCUAAAUAUAGUUACUUAACCGCAAUUGUAGAAAAAACAAGGUCAAGUAAAGGCUAGUUAUGUGUUUAUGCUUCACAAUUUAAGUGCCAUACAGAGGACUACAUAUAAUGUGAUAUUUAUGACAAUCAAUACUUGAACAAAAGCUAUUAUGUCACUUCUUCAUGGACCAUAUAAAACUGGCAGUUUAUUUAUUCAUACAUAUAAAACCUCUCCUACCUACAUCAUUAGUACAAAACAUGAACUAUUAAGUCAUUAUGUAGAAUGCUUAUGUCUGGUGGCGUGAUUGUGUGGAAUUCCUCGAUUUGUUCCAUAACAGCCGGUUAUUGAUUCUAAGCUACUGAUGUAAUACCUGCAAUAUUCCCCUACAGAAUGUCUGAUAAGUUUGCUAUUGACUGAAGGAAGGGAUUAUUGGAAAAAUCAUUGUGAAUAUUACUUUUGUUGUCAUCUGGUUGUGAGUUUGGUAUCCAAGUGUAUAAUAUAUCAUCAAGUAUUUAUUUCCUAUACAGACAUCAGUGUAUUUGAUAUGAUGUUGAUGUAUAUCAAGAGCAUAAUAAUCAUCCUUUAGUAUGAUAGUGCCUCAUGUCAUUUCUUUUGUAUGUACAUGUAAUGUUAUUUGUCAUUCAGAUCUAUCUAUAUUUUUAGCUAGUUAUUGUCUAGCCUUGGGGUUGUUGUCGGUGGAAGCAUAGUCUGUUGUUCUGCAAAGUGUUCAAGAUAUUCAAAUGAAACUUGGUACACAUGUCACCCUGAGACAGUAUGCAGCAAGGCUCAGAACUCUGGUUUUAGUAAUUGUUGAGCUAUGCCCCUUUUUGAUUGAAAAAAACAAUAUACAAGUGUUUGCGGUCGCUCUGCGGAGCGGUUGUUAAACAUUGAUUAGUCUGAAAUGUUCCUGUAUCAGUCCACAUGAUCUAAGAGUCAUGUAUGCGCAUUUCUUGCUGUGCUUUAAGUAUUACUAAGUUUUAGUUUUUUUAGAUUUUAUAUGCUAACAUUUUAUUUAUGAAUGAUACAAUCAUGUACAUAUUUUGAUGUUUUGUGCCAUAUGUAUGCUUAAGUCCUCAAGUUAUGUAUAAGUCAUGUUUCAUAUUUCAAAUUAUUUUGAAAUCACAUUAUGUGCACUUUACUUAUGUGACUAUUUAGACUCGUUGUGAUUUAUGAUGAUGAUCUAAUGCUUUACUUGCAUCUAUCCAAAAAUUCCAGCAAACAUGUAUUCAUAAACACUUUGUUAAUUCACAGAUGUAUCUACAGAUCUAUGAUUGUGUUGCUAAAUGUUGCUGUUUUGUUAAAAUGUUAAUAUUAUACAAAAACAUUUGUAUAGAUACGGAUUCCUAUAACCAAGAAAAUUGAGGAAAAUAAUC